AUGGCCAAUAGUUUAUGGAAUCCCCUUGUUGAAGGUCAGCAACACAGUGCAUGUCGAUUGAAAAUUCAGAAAGGAUCAGACGUCUUACAAGUUGGUUGGAGAGUAGAUCCAACUCUAUAUAGUGAUAAUAAGACUAGGCUUUUUGUGCAUUUUCAGGCUGGUAAUAAACAAUGUUUCAAUGUACUAUGCUCGGGAUUUGUAUUAGUAAGCCAUGAUACACCUAUUGAUAUGGUUUUUGAAGAUAUUUCACAACCUGGACAAGGGGGUUCAUGGGAAGCCACAAUGUACAUCGAACGGGAUAAUGUCAGUGGAAACUGGUGGUUUUUAUUUGAGGAAAGUUAUAAGCAAAUUGGUUUUUGGCCUCAACAAAUCUUCACUGACUUAAGAGGCUUUGCUGAUAACAUUGAGUGGGGAGGCGUUGCAUAUAGUCCACCGGGUGUCCCUAAACCUCCAAUGGGCUCAGGUAUAUUUCCUGUUGGAAAUACUGAUGAUGCUUAUUGUAGGAGGCUUAGUGUUUUAAAUGAUGACGGUGCUACAAUAGAUGUAGAUAGAACAACAAUAUAUGUUGAUGAUCCUAAUUUGUAUCGAGUUUUGGAUUAUCCACAUUUCAAACCUGGAAAGUUCCAACAUGUUGCAUUGUAUGGGGGGCCGGGAGAAAGUCAUAAACUCUAA